AAGCACUUGACGCUGAUUCAGAUCCGUUCUUUGUCUCAAUCCCAGAGAACAAGUUUCUCGGAGUAGGCAUCGGUAACUUUUUCCCUUCACUUUCCAUCUCACCAACAUCGUCGAGAUCUGAGCUUCAUUUUCUCAGAGCUGAAGGCCCAUCGAAAAAGGGACUUAUGUGUGUACCCACUUGCUACUCCGACUUUACCAAACUGUGCUUUAAAUAAAUCCCACCGGCUAACUCUAUUCGGUUCACAGAGGCAGCACCAGAGAAAAAGCCUCCAUCACCAAGCCUCCAUCUUCGUCAAACCCGCGACAAUGGGUUCUCUCAGUCCAGACACCAAGAAGCCGUGGAUCCAAACACCAUGCAUCGCAUCAGCUACUUUGUCUCGCGCAGCAGGAUGCAACAUCUACCUCAAACUUGAAAACCUCCAACCCUCAGGCUCCUUCAAGUCCCGCGGCGUAGGCAACCUCAUGGUCCGCGCCGCCGCCGACGCGCCCGCCGACCAAGAAUCCCACUUCUACUGCUCCUCGGGCGGCAACGCCGGCCUCGCCUGCGCGACCUCGGCCAUCGCCCUCAACCGCAGGGCCACCAUCGUCGUGCCCAUGACCACCUCCCCGCUCAUGAUCUCCAAGCUGCGCCUCCUCGGCGCCGACGUCCGCCAGAUCGGCGCGAACUGGGCCGAGGCGGAUGCCCACCUCCGCGAGGUGAUGCUCGCCAACGACCCGGCGGGCGUGUACGUGCCCCCCUUUGACCACCCGCACGUCUGGGACGGUGCGGCGACCAUUGCCGAUGAGCUCGUCGCGCAGUUGGCAUCAUCGUCGUCUGGGAACGAAACUGAAGUCAACGGGAUCGUGUGCUCCGUCGGCGGCGGCGGGUUACUGGCCGGUCUCGCGCAGGGCGUCUCGCAGAACCGGUGGCCAGGGAAGGAACCGCGUCUGAUGGCCGUGGAGACGGUCGGCGCGGACAGCCUCAACGCCAGCGUGCUCGCCGGCGAGCACGUCACGCUGCCGGGGAUCAAGUCCAUUGCGGGAUCACUGGGUGCGGUGCGCGUGGCGGCGAGGGCGUGGGAGGUCGCGAGGGACACGCCCGGGUUCCAGAGCGUGACGGUCACGGAUGCGGAGGCGGCUCUGGCGUGUGUGCGCUUUGUUGACGACGCGCAGCUGGUGGUUGAGGUUGCUUGUGGCGCGACGAUUGCGACGGCGUACAACGGUACGCUUAGAAAGCAUUUCGGUGCGGGCUUGUCGGAUGAGGAGUGGGCGAAGCAGAAUAUCGUGCUCAUUGUCUGCGGCGGCUCGAACGUCACUAUGGAGAUGCUGAACGAAUACCGUUCAAAAUAUGGCGAUGCUUCAUGAAACCAUCGCUUAAGCGUGGAACAGAGAUCUGGGCAGCAUAAAAGGAGGGACCAGCUUGGGCAUACCCCGAGGAUACACUUUGUCUGGAGGAAUCGAGACGGGACUUUGGAAGACACGGGAAAGGGACAAGACUAGACACAAUGAUUGUAGACCAG